GGAGCGGCGAGUAUAUAAAGCGGCAGCGCGGCCGUUGCUCCUCUCAUUCCGUUCGCUCCGUCUGUCGUUUGGGAAGGAAGUCUCUCAGGCUCCAGAUCAGUGAAGGCUCUCCUCCAAAGAUCUCUCCUCAGCCUGUGCCACCAAGCCCAGAAGCAGAGCCAGAACCACAACCACCCACCCCAGAGCCCGAACCAGAAGCACCUCCUCCUCCGCCGCCACCACCACCACCACCACCUCCUCCACCUCCACCACCACCUCCAAAACGAAUGGCUGAAUUCGCGGUUGGAAUCAAUGGAUUUGGACGCAUUGGGCGCUUGGUGCUCCGAGCCUGCGUCGAGAAGGGAAUCAAAGUGGUAGCAAUCAAUGACCCUUUCAUUGACCUCAACUAUAUGGUCUACAUGUUCAAGUAUGAUUCCACUCAUGGACGUUUCAAAGGAGAGGUGAAGGCUGAUGGUGGCAAAUUAGUAGUGAAUGGCUCAAAAAUAUCUGUAUUCCAAUGCAUGAAACCAACUGAGAUCCCUUGGGGAGAUGCAGGAGCUCUGUAUGUAGUGGAGUCUACCGGAGUCUUCCUCAGUGUUGACAAAGCUUCAGCUCAUCUGUCUGGUGGAGCCAGGAGAGUAGUAGUGACCGCACCAUCUCCUGAUGCUCCUAUGUUUGUUAUGGGAGUCAAUCAUGAGAAGUAUGAUCCAUCCUCCAUGAAUAUUGUGAGCAAUGCUUCCUGCACUACUAACUGCCUGGCACCUUUGGCCAAAGUCAUUCAUGAGAACUUUGGCAUUGUGGAGGGCCUUAUGACCACUGUUCAUGCUUAUACUGCCACUCAGAAGACUGUAGAUGGUCCCUCUGCCAAGGCCUGGCGUGAUGGGAGAGGGGCCCACCAGAACAUUAUCCCAGCUUCUACUGGUGCUGCCAAAGCAGUGGGCAAGGUCAUCCCUGAGCUUAAUGGGAAGCUCACUGGCAUGGCAUUCCGUGUGCCAGUAUGUGAUGUCUCAGUUGUCGACCUGACAUGCCGCCUCUCCAGGCCAGCCACCUAUGCUCAGAUCAAAGAAGCUGUCAAGAAGGCAUCUAAGGGGCCGAUGGCAGGAAUCCUGGGAUAUACAGAAGAUGAGGUUGUUUCUACUGAUUUCCUUGGUGACAAUCGUUCCUCCAUCUUUGAUGCUGGAGCAGGGAUCUCCCUGAAUGAUAACUUUGUGAAGCUCAUUUCUUGGUAUGAUAAUGAAUAUGGCUACAGCUGCCGUGUAGCAGACCUCCUGAAGCACAUGUACACCAGGGAGGAACACUGAACACUGCCCACACCUCACAUUCCAGGCUAACAGAGUGGCCUCACCUCCUUUAGUCAAUAGGUUUGAUCUCCUGGCCCCGUUCUUUGCUUCAACCACAGGACCCUGAACACUGCACCUUAUGUGUCACUGUAAAGCUUUUUGUGUGUACAUGUGAGUGUGACUCCUGCUUUCCACAGCAGCUUGUAUGAGCUUAAAAAUUGUAGUGAAGACAAAUUACACCAAAUUUCCCCUGGAGAAAAGAGAGUUUAUCCUCUGGGGUUGCGCGUUGGUUUGUGUGGCUGUAGUGUCCAGGAGAUCUUCUAAGUGUUAAAAUAAAACCACUGAAGUUAUGUGAACAAGAAA